UGUAGUAUAGUGUCAUUGUGGAUGUGUUUAUAAUAUAUAUAUUAUACACUGGGUCUGCCUCAGAGGGACCUACGGCGGCCGUGUGAGGUCAAAAGCGCUUCGCCGCCGGAGCGGAGGGGCUGCUGUAGUAAUGGAGGGGGUCACAGUCGGCCAGGUAUUUGAUGCUGAAUGCAUUCUCAGCAAACGGCCGAGAAAGGGGAAGUUUGAAUAUCUGGUGAAGUGGAGGGGGUGGUCGUCCAAACACAACAGUUGGGAGCCAGAAGAAAAUAUUUUGGACCCGCGGUUACUGGCAGCGUUUCACAAAAGAGAACAAGAGCGGGAGCUUCUGUUCCAGAAGAAAGGGAAGAGGCCGAGAGGACGUCCACGAAAGAUUCUGCAGCCUGCACCAGCCGCCACUAAAGACAGCCGCUCCUCAUCCUCCUCUUCCUCUGGCCUCUCGUCGUCGGCCUCCUCCUCCUCCUCUGAAGAUGAAGAUCACACGAAGAAGGCGAAGCCCGGACCUCGGGUCCACCCCGUCCCUCAGAAGAGGCCCCAGAUCAUGCUGGCCAAACCUGACCCCCCCCGGAAGAAGAAGCGCGGGAGGAAGCCGCUCCACCCUGACCUGAGAGCGUUAAGGCAGGCAAGGAGCAGACCGUCUCCUCCACCUCCACCGCCUCCCCCUCCCCCACGCCACCACCAGGCACUCAGACCAACCAGAGACGAGCCUCGGCCUGGGGUGAAGAAGCCCCUGCAGCCAGCCAGCUUCACCUACACCGGGCUGAGCAGGGCCUCCAGAGAUGAGCCUGUCUCCAUCUCCCAGACCUCCACCAGCUCCUUCUCCCAGUCCGCCUCCAAACCCGGAUCCCUCAGCUGCAUCUGGACCAACCGCUCCCUGUCCACCUCCUCACCAUCCUCCUCCUCCCACAACAAAACCAGUCCUUCACCACAAAGUAAGAACUCUGCCUCUGAGCUGAGGCGCUCCAUGUCGGAAUCCAGCAACCGAGGAGACGGGCUCAAAGUGUCUCCUCUGAAACAAAGUGGUGGUUCGGGGUCGUUGGGUUUGCAUGGCAGCUUCGGGGGAGGCCAGGGGGCAGCCCAGCGCUCACAGCUGGGUCAGAGGAGGCAGGAGGGCGUCGGAAGCCAGAUUGGGAUGGUCCAACACAAGCAGCAAAACUCUGGCCUCUCUAAACCAUUGUCCUCGCAAACGCCUCGAGACCGAGCCAACCAGGCGCUGAGCCUCCGAGCCCUCAACCUGCAGAGCGUCAGCAGGCCGCCAUCCAGCAGCAGCCUUCAGGGAAACAACACGAGCAGCGCCGGAGCUACACCGUCAAGGUCGAGCCUGAGGAGCGGCGGUGGUGGCAUUGUAAAAGGAGGAGCGGGAAGUAUCAAAGAGACUCGGAUGUCAGCCGGAGGGCAGCGUUCUGGUUUGGCUGCGGGCGGGGCCACAGAUCAGGGCAGGGGGAAGGAGAUGGGAGGCAGCUCUGGCCGAGGGACUGGGCGCCAGGAGGAGAGAAAACAUGGGCUGAACUCUCAGAACCGGAGCCUGAACGAGCUCAGCACCGGAGACUCGGAGGAGACCAGCAGCAGCGAGUCAGAGCACGACGCCUCCCUGUUUCCUAACAACAGCCGGCCCAGCCUUGGUGACGAUGCCACCGAGUCAGAUACGGAGACGGACUGGCGGCCGACCCGGAGCCUCCUGGAGCAAGUGUUCGUCACCGACGUCACGGCCAACUUCAUCACUGUAACGGUGAAGGAGUCGCCUACCAGCGUGGGAUUCUUCAACUCGCGAAAUCACUGAGGGACAUCUGAGCUGGACCUGACCGUCUCACAACACUCUUCCUACAGCAGCUCUCAGGGUUCCUACACCACUCUGGACAUUUAAUCCACAAACAACUCCAGUCAUUCACAGAUGUUUUUACACUUAGAAAUGCACAACAUGUUUGGGAGGAAUAUUCCAAUUAUCCAGUGGAGUGGAGAGAUGAUACUGAAUCUAAAAAUCCUUUGGUCGAGUAUUUGUUGAAACAUUGUAGGAACCCUGAUGUUUAGACUCUGUUUACACCUGAUAUUAAAACGCAGUCUGUGUCUGGAGAAGGAAAACUGAUCAUUCAAGGGAAGGGAAACACUAUCACUGCAAAAACCAUCCAACUAAGAGUUAAAAAAGUCAAAUUAAUCCACCUCGAACAAUUCGUCAAUCCAGGCUAGCGUUAACUGGACUAACUAACUGGAAAACAGGAGAGCCUCAGAGAAGUUGGACCAGGAAACCGGAUUUUCAUCAGUUCUGUUGUCACGAUUUAGCAAGCAGAUAGAAGCAAGAACAGCAACAUGUUAGAAAAUGUCAAAGGUCAACAACAAUCAGUCCAGGACCAGAGAAAUUCUGGUUCUGGUGGUAUUUUUGUUGUUUUGUCUAAAGCUGCAACAAUUAGUCAAUUUAGGGAAUCAACAGAAAAUUAAUCUUAUGCUAUUUUAUUUUCUAUUAUGAUUGUUGAAAUUAUUUUUUAAAGUAAAAGUAACAAUGCCAAGUAAUCUAGUGGUUCCUGUCUCUCCAAGUUCUCUGAUUUUCUUCUUUUUUCUUUUAUAUAAUUGUAAACUGAAUAUCUCUGGAUUUGGGAGCAGUCAUCUGGAACAUUUUAACUAUGGACAUUUUAACUAUUUUCUUUUUUUUUAUUAAUUGACAAAUAAUCAGUAGAUUAAUAGGUAACUGAAAUAAUCCUUAGUUACAGGCUUAGUUUUCUACCUUAUAUUUAUAACUCACAAAAAUUAAACCUACAUUAUCUAA